AUGGCCGAACUCCGCAGCGUCAGAAAUCAGUCUCCACCCACAACCUCCAAGAAUUGGUGCUAUGAUGCGGAGUCUUCCCUGACGUGUCUGGCGGUAAGCCGGAAGCAGCCUAUGGUGGCUAUCGCUGGACGCAACCUUAUCCAAAUUCUUAAGGUUGGCGAGGAGGGGUUCGUAUCGUUACACAGACUAAAGCAUCCCUACCAACACUUGGCUAACACUGUGGCCAACUCAUCGGACAAGCUUGCAACUUCCUCAACUGGUGGUGACCUGCGAAUAUGGGACAUCAGCCGUGGCAUGACGCAGAAUGCGAUGCUCUUUGUGCUCUUCCAGGGUUCGAAAAACCUGAUUCAGGCCAUGAGGUAUCUCUUGGACAUUAGGGAUCAGGCGCAGGUGUGCACUAAGACAUUUCAUCAGCGCACCGCCUCCGCCUCGCCGGUUCGUGACGUGGUUUUCUGCCCUAAGAAAUCAGUACUACUAGCAGCGGCACAAGAGAACGGUAUUGUGAACCUUUGGGAUACACGGCGAGAGGAUCGCCCAUAUCGCUCUUUCCAAGGUCAUUCCUGCUCCAUUUUAAGCAUCGACUGGCACCCAGCAUGGGAUGAAGCUAAUCGAAACUGGUUGGCUACGGCUGGGUGCCGAGACCACCUAAUUAAAGUGUGGGAUUUCAAUAUGCCUCCGCACUCCUCGGUACCCUUCUCAACAUCGCACAAUACCCCUGCCGUCAUCUACUUCACUCGAACCAACAACGUUGGUCAAGUUCGUUGGCGCGUAGGUGCAAACACUCAGUUGAUUUCCAGUUGCAGUCUCACCAUUGACUUGAGUAUCCACCUCUGGGAGCUGGAAAGACCCUUCAUCCCAUUCGUUUCUUUCGAGGGUCACACUGAUUUGGUUACUUCCCUCGGUUGGAGCUUGGAUCCAGAAUUUUUCUUCUCCACUGCCCGCGACGGCAUUCUCAUUCGACACGCCUAUUCUGACGGUAUUCAGCCUGUACGUCAGGCCAAUCCAGUCGCCCUGGCCGUUAGCUGCCAUGGCCAGCUUGCCCACGCUGUUGGUUAUGAUCAGUUCAACGGUCUCCUCAAGUCUACCUCUUCAGCUUCCCGCUCAUUCAAUGCGCGUCUCCCUAGUGACCAACAGCGAAUUCAGUUACGUGCGCGAAAGUUAAGUGAGUAG